UCCAAAACCUUCUGCUCCGCUGCUCUAGUGUAUAGUAUAGCCUCAACUCCUAAUGGCCUUGGUUAAAGACCGCCGCCAAUUGAAUCUCCGCCUUCCACUGCCAGAACAUUCCGAACGCCGCCCUCGAUUUCCUUUACCACUCCCUCCUUCCUCCCUCUCCACCACCGCAACCACCAACCCCACAGCAACAGCAUCAACCACCACCACCAUCACCGCUGCCGACAUCGAAAAAGUCCAAGUCCUAGGCCACGGCAACGGUGGCACCGUAUACAAAGUUCGUCACAAACGCACAUCAGCCACUUAUGCUCUAAAAGUCGUCCAUGGCGAUAGCGACCCCAUAAACCGUCGCCAAAUCCUCAGUGAAAUCUCAAUUCUCCGCCGGACGGACUCUCCGUACGUGGUGAAAUGUCAUGGAGUCUUGGAAAAAUGGGGUGGGGAUAUCGCGAUUUUAAUGGAGUUCAUGGACAAAGGCACUCUAGAAAGCCUAGCAAAAUCUGGAGACCUUUUUUCGGAACAAAUGGUCGCUAAAAUAGCAUAUCAGGUGGUGCAGGGGCUGGAACAUUUGCAUGCUCACAAAAUCAUUCACAGAGAUUUGAAGCCAUCAAACCUACUAGUCAACGAACAGAUGCAAGUCAAAAUCGCUGAUUUUGGUGUCAGCAAAAUUAUGUGCAGAACUUUGGACCCCUGCAAUUCCUAUGUGGGCACUUGUGCUUACAUGAGCCCGGAAAGAUUUGAUCCCGAUACUUAUGGAAACGGUGGGACUUACAAUGGAUAUGCAGGUGAUAUAUGGAGCUUAGGAUUGACCCUGUUGGAGUUAUAUAUGGGACAUUUUCCAUACUUGCCUGAAGGACAGAGGCCGGACUGGGCAACAUUAAUGUGUGCUAUAUGCUUUGGCGAGCCUCCGAGCUUGCCAGAAUAUGUCUCUAAAGAGUUCAGGAGCUUUAUUGGGUGUUGUUUGCAGAAAGAUUCAAGUAAAAGAUGGACUGCCACUCAGCUUUUGUCCCACCCUUUUUUGCAAAACAUAAAGGGUUGAAUCUGGUUUUGGAAUCUGCAAUUUUGUGACGAAAUCUGCAGAGUCUCAGCUUGCUGCAGCUUGUACAGACGAGAUCGAUGGAACUUUUUUUGUUUUUGUUUCAUUGUAUAUUCUUUCUCCUCAGCCUUUUGUAGGUAUAGAAAUUGCUCCAUUUCAACAGUAAAUCUGCUGUUAGAAAUUGGGAUGUUUAAUUGAUUAAGUUCGUUCCCUUUGUUUCAAUAAAUUCAUUUCUUCUUUCCAUUUGGUGAAGAGAAUCAGUCAA